CGGCGAAGAUGUCGGGCUUGGGGUCCCCGGCGCGGACGUUGCGCGACCUCCUGCGGGAGCUGCGCCUGCUCGGCGAGGGCGCCGCCUAUCGCGACACGGCGGCCUAUCGCUACCUCGUAGGCGCCUUCCGGGCCCACCGGGUGACCAGCCAGAAGCUGUGCCGAGCCCAGCACGAACUGCACUUCGACGCGGCCACCUACCUCUGCCUCCUGCGCAGCGUGCGCCGACACGUAGCCCUGCACCGGGAGUUUCACGGGCGAGGGGAGCGCUCCGUCACCGAGUCCGCCGGCAUGGUGGGGCUCCAGCUGCCCCGACAGCCCGGCGGGAAGGGCCGGGAACCCUAGGCCCGGGCCCCGGCCGGUCCCCCGCGGCACCGGCCCGGCCGUCUUCCCGUUACGAGGUCCUCCCCGACGGCUGCGGGGCUCCCGACGCGGCCGACCGUGUUCGUCCGAGUUGUCAGAAGGGGAUCCGGCCCGCCCGUCCGAGCUUCCCGGGUGAGUCCGGCUUCCCUGGACUCUGCGGACGCGAGGAGGGCUUCGUCUGAAUCCUCGGAAGGGGAUCCGGCCCGCCCGUCCGAGCUUCCCGGGUGAGUCCGGCUUCCCUGGACUCUGGGGUCCGGGCGACGAGGGCUCGCCGGGAGACGCAGCCCGGGAAGGCCGGGGAACGGGGAUGCCCGCGGAGUCCCCGCUCUGGCGCGCUAGGAGACCGACAAGGGGUUUGAGGAGCCCCUCGCGGGGGACCCCCCAAAGCUGAUAAUAAAGACGUGUCCAACAUGGGAAAA